AUGGACACCACAGCGGUUUUGGACAAGUACACGCAAAACCUCCUGAACCUACCGCUCGAGGUGAAGCAUUUGUUCGAAGAGCUCAAGGCGAAAGACGCACAGCUCGCCGAGGCCAGGAAACGGUAUCAAACAAAAGAUUCCCAGCUCCACAAGUUCAUCCGGGCCAAUGGAACGCUCACGAAGCAUCCGAAGGAGCAGCAGCUCUACCAGAAAAUUGAGGAGGACAUGAAGCUUGUGCAGCAGAUCCAGAAGGAGAAGAUUUUGAUUGCCAACACGGCGCUCUUUUUGGUGUCCAAACACAUGUACAACUUCAGCGUGGACAUCCAGAAGUUGGAGAGGGAGGACCUCUUGCCGCCGCUCGAUGCGGAUGCUCUAGAUGGCUCAGACAGUGAAUCCAGUGCCACGCCCAAGCCCAUGCCGGAGGCUAUCCGAAAGAAACGGACAUACUCUGUGAUGAAGCGGCAAAAGCGGCCCAAAUCGGAGGAUUAUGACUAUGGAGAUGAGCCUGCGGCGAUCUCGCUGCGGCUGGCGAACCCGGCCAGACCAAACGGCGACGAUGCUGACAACAACUUGUACUGUUUCUGUCAGCGUGUGUCUUUUGGCGAGAUGAUUGGCUGCGACAACGACGAUUGUAAGUUUGAAUGGUUCCACUGGUCAUGUGUGGGUAUCACGUCUCCACCGAAGGACGACGAGGUGUGGUAUUGUCCUGAUUGUGCGCCGAAAAUGGAAAAGCGAAAGAAGAGGAAGAAGUAA